AUGAAUAGGCUGGCAGGCACGCCAGCCGCGCCCAACAGCGUGUGGGCAAAGGCCAAGCAGCAUGGCGCCCUGGGCUUCAAUGGCAUCGCCCGCCCCGAGGCCGAGGAGCUGGCCAACAGGGUGGCGCUGGCAGAAACCGAGCAGCAGUACGCCGAGAUCUUUGAGGAGUACGAGAAGGCGCGGGAGUUUUAUGCCAGCGUGGAGAACGCCAUGCAAACGGCCUCCCAGGAGUAUCUGAAGGACAAGCGGCAGUGGAAGGAGGCGUCGGAAGCCGCCGCCAAAGAGACCGCCGACCUGCGCAGGCAGCUGGCUGCUGAGCGCGGGGCGCGGGACGCCGCAGAGGCCAAGCUCGCCACGCUGCAGGACCAGGUGCAGCAGCUGGAGUGGGAUCUGGGCGCCGCGCGCGAGUCGGCGGCGGCCGCCGAGCAGCAGCGCGAGGCCGCUCUGGCCGCCGAGAGCGCCGCGCUCUGGCGCAGGCGGCCGCCGCCGCGGCUGCGCAGGACGCCGCCGAGGCGCGCGCACUGCAGCAUGCGGAGCAGCGGGAGAGUGCGGAGCAGGAGGCCGCUGCUGCACGGCAAGAUGGACGCCGCCAGCCGCAAGUUUGCCGAGCUGGAGAAGCGGGAGGCUCGGCUGGGGGAGCGCGAGGCGACGGCGGAGCAGGCGGCGGCGGCGGCCCGGCAGCGCGAGGAGGGCGUGCAGGACCGCGAGGCGGCGGCGGGGGUGCGGGAGGCUUUCGUCGCAGAGCGCGAGCGUGAGUUGCAGCGCGGCGAGAAGGAUCUGAAGAGCCGCAGCGGCGCUGUGGAGCGCCAGGAGGCGCGGCUGGCUGUGCGGCAGCAGGAGCUGGAGCAGCAGGCGGCCGACCUGCGGCAGCAGCGGCAGGAGCUGGAGCAGCUAGAGCAGCGACUGGAGCAGAGAGAGGAGGAGCUGCAGCAAGUGCGGCCUGCAGCCUCUCGCCUGGACGCCGGCGGGCCCGGGGCUGCGGAGGAGGAGGUGGCGGCUCCCAAGGGCCGCCGCGGCCGCAGCUCCGCCGCUGCGGGCGCCACCAGGCGGCAGACGACGCGCCAGGCUGCCGCUGAAGUGACAAUGGAGGACGAGGGGGAGGAGGUGGUGCAGCCAGCCGCCGCCGCCACGCAGGAGCGGGCUGCCGCGGCGGCGGCGGUGGAGGAGGUGCCCGUGGCGGACGCCAUCCGCGAGCUGCUGGCGUCGCAGCCGCAGCCCACCGCCAGCCGCCGCGCGCGGUCCACGCGCUCCGCCCGCGGCGCCACUGCCGGCAGGGCUGUGCAGGCGGGCGGGGAGGAGGUGGACCAGCAGCAGGAGGGCGAGGCGGCGGCGGCGGCGGCAGAUGAGCAGCGGCCGGGCACGUCGGCGGGCGGCCGCAAGCGCAGCCGCCCCAGCAGCGCCAAAACCGCGAAGAAGCAGGCCGCCGUGGAGGAGCAGGAGGAGGAGGCUGCCUCUGAGGACGACUCCCAGGUCAGCCACGGCCGCCGCACCCGCCGCCGCACCGUGGCCACCCACCUGACUGUGAUUGAAGAGGAUCAUGAGCUGGCUGCCGAGGAGCUGGCCAGGAUAGAGGAGGAGAAGCAGGAGAAGGCCGCACCGAGGGCCGCGGCGCGGCGCUCCUCGCGCGCCGCGGCCAGCAGCGGCAGCGGCCCCACCCGCAGCAGCAGCCGAAGGCCGUCGGCGGCCAAGGAGGCGGCGGCGGCGGCCGAGCCGGAGGAGGCCCCCGCCCGAGGCAGCGGACGCGGCGGCGCGCGCAGCAGCGGCGGGCGCACGCGCAGCAGCGGCGGGAAGCAGGCCGAGGCCGCAGCGGCGCCAGAGGAGAGCCGGCGCGUGUCCACUCGCUCACGCAGCAGGCAGGCAUGA